AUGUUAAAUGGAUAUAAUCUUUUGAAGCAGGACAAACAUAUAGCAUUUGUAUCUACUGGAGCAGUAAUAGCUAGAGCGCUAGUAGAAAAGGCAUUUAAGUUGUCUAAACCUGACAAUUCUCCUAUUAAACUUGACUGUAUAGCCUAUAUAAGCACAGUGGAGGUGGGAAUAUCAUUUGAGAUUACAAGCCACUUUGAUAUAGUUAUAGCUAUUACAAACAUCGCCACUCCAGUUCAUAUUGAGGCUCUUACACAAAUGCUUUACAGAAUUUGCUGUGAAAAUAUUCAAGCAGAACUUGAAAGUGCUCGAUCUAAUAAUUUGCUUACAGCAAUAAAGGGCCAUCAUGAAUUGGAUAAUAAUAUCAUUACUUAUAAAAUCAAUGAAUCUCUAGCUAUAAUAACAUUCAUUGAAGUUGAGUAUCAGAAACAUCUUUCUAUAAGAUAUUUUAUUGAGAAGCUUUGUAGUCUUAUAGCCAGAAACCGUAAAAGAAUCUGUAAUGAGAUUAGAGUUGAAGUAUUAGUUAUUAAAGAAACAAAUUUUAAUGCAGUUGGUACUUUCCAAAACCUUAGCCCUAAAGAAGCUGGAAUUCUUAAGUUUGAUCAGAA